CUUGAGUGCACAGGGCGGGGAUUCGAUUGAUUUCGUUAUUUGUAUCGCCUACCGCUGCAAUUUUGGUAUAAAUACUUUGAAAUAAACAGAAGAUAAUCAUACUCGACGUACACAACUAUCAUGGCGUUCAAAUUUGUUUCCUUCGCCGCCCUUUUGGCCCUUGCCCGUGCCGGUGUUCCUUUGGGAUACGCCGCUGCUCCAGCUGUAUCAUACUCCAGUCUCUCAGCUCCAGUGACCCACUACGCAGCAGCCCCCGCUGUUGCCAAAGUUGCUACCUACUCAGCAGCUCCAGCAGUCUCAUACUCAAGCAUCUCAGCUCCAGUAUCCCACUACUCCUACGCUCCAGCUGUAGCUAAAGUUGCCACCUACUCUGCUCCAGUAGCCCACUACUCCUACGCCCCAUCUGUCCAAACCUACUCUGCUCCAGUUGCCCACUCUUACUCCGUAGCCCCAGCUGUCCAGACCUACUCUGCCCCAGUCGCUCACACCUAUGCUGCCGCCCCAGUUGCUUACGCCAAAUACGCUGCCCCUGUAGCCUACGCCACCCCAGUUGCCAAGACCAUCGUUGCUGAACCAGAAGCACCAGCCAACUACGAUUUUGGAUACUCCGUCAACGACCCCCACACCGGAGACGUCAAAUCCCAACAAGAAUCCCGCCGUGGUGAUGCCGUCCAAGGAAGUUACUCCCUCAUCGAAGCCGACGGAAGCAAACGUACUGUCGAAUACACCGCUGAUGAUCACAAUGGAUUCAACGCUGUUGUACACAAAGAACCAGCUGCUGUAGCUGUCAAAACCGCCGUUCCAGUCGUAGCCAAAUACGCAGCCCCUGUAGCUUAUGCUGCCCCAGUUGCCAAAUACGCUGCUCCAUUAGCUUAUGCCGCCCCUGUAGCCAAAUACGCCUAUGCAGCUUCACCACUCGCCUACUCCAGCCUCUCGGCUCCAGUAGCCCAUUACGCCGCCCCAGCUGUUGCCAAAGUUGCAACCUACUCCGCUGCUCCAGCAGUCUCAUACUCAAGCAUCUCAGCUCCAGUAUCCCACUACUCUUACGCUCCAGCUGUAGCUAAAGUUGCCACCUACUCUGCUCCAGUAGCCCACUACUCUUACGCCCCAGCUGUCCAGACCUACUCUGCUCCAGUUGCCCACUCUUACUCCGUAGCCCCAGCUGUCCACACCUACUCUGCUCCAGUCGCUCACACCUAUGCUGCCGCUCCAGUCGCUUACGCCAAAUACGCCGCCCCUGUAGCCUACGCCACCCCAGUUGCCAAGACCAUUGUUGCCGAACCUGAAGCACCAGCCAACUACGAUUUUGGAUACUCCGUCAACGACCCCCACACCGGAGACGUCAAAUCUCAACAAGAAUCUCGUCAUGGUGAUUCUGUCCAAGGUAGCUACUCCCUCAUCGAAUCUGACGGAAGCAAACGUACUGUCGAAUACACCGCUGAUGCCCACAACGGAUUCAACGCUGUUGUACACAAAGAACCAGCUGCCGUAGCUGUCAAAACCGCCGUUCCAGUCGUAGCCAAAUACGCCGCCCCUGUAGCCUAUGCUGCCCCAGUUGCCAAAGUUGCCUAUGCUGCAGCUCCACUCAUCACCAAGAGCUACGCUCCAACCAUUUCCUAUGCUGCUGCUCCAGCUUACUACCACCACUAAGUGAUUUCUAAUCGAGGAGAUUUUUUGUGUCUCUUCAGUGUUUUGGACUUCUGUAUAUAUGUUUGUUGAAAAUUGAUUUAUUUUAAGGCUAUUUAUAUUCUAUAUAUUUCUUCCUAGGAUGAAUAAAUUUUCGAAUAUUUAA